UUUCAAAACACUGAGCAUUCGACCGUUGGAGAAGUCCCCAGUCCUUCCAUAAUUCUUUUCUGUUCUGCAUCAACUUCAAGACAGCAAAACAAGCUUAAACCUAUAGCCGUUUAAUGACAAUGCUCCAUGCCAAUAUUUUUUAAUUUUAUCUAAUUUUCUUUAAACUGUUAAAUUAUUAACACAGAACCCCUCAUUACCCACUGCUUCGUUAUUAAUUUGCAUCAUAAAAACUGCAAUUUUUAUUCACACUAAUUUAAGAAAGAAAUCAAAUGAAACGCCAUGGAUGGCAACGACCUCUCCACCCAUUACAGAUGGUGGGAAUGGGAGUUUACAGUUUCCUUAUCGUGGCGUUUUAUACAUUUCUUGGACUGUUUCUUGGGAACAGAAUUGCUGAAAUUACAGUCACUACAAUCUUUACUUCUGUGGCCCUUUCGGUGAUGUUCCUAUUCGUUAGGUGCACGGCCAUUGACACGACUGAUAGAACCAGUUUUAGGAAGAAGAAAUCAGCUAAAUCCAAUGGGGUUUUGAAGUUAAAUUAUGGGUUUAUCUUGAGUCAAAUAGUUAUUAGGUUUUUUAGGAGGCUCGAGAGAAAGAUUCUUAGGACUUUUAUAAGGAGAAAAUAUCUUGAUCCUUUGAAAACUCAUGCUCAAAUGGAGCCUUUGCUACCGUUUCCCCUUGUACUCAAAGAUGAUUCAAUUGCGCCAGACCCGAAAGAUGAUGAGAUCUCUUAUUGCUCACUCUGUGAUUUUGAGGUGAAGAAGCAUAGCAAGCAUUGUAGGACCUGCAACAAGUGUGUUGAAGGGUUUGAUCACCAUUGUAGGUGGCUCAACAACUGUGUUGGCAAAAGAAACUACACAACAUUCAUUCUACUAAUGAUAUCUGUCUUGUUAAUGUUAAUUAUAGAAGGAGGAACUGCAUUGGCCAUAUUCAUAAGGUGUUUUGCAGAUAAGAAGGGGAUAGAAAUGGAACUACAGAGGAAGCUAUAUGUAGACUUCCCGAGAUGGGCUCUUGCUACAAUUUCGGUUUUGUUGGUUCUGAUGACAGCUUAUAGUUCAGCAGCCAUGGGACAACUUUUCCUUUUUCAUGUCGUUCUCAUUCGCAAGGGAAUGAGAACUUAUGACUAUAUCCUAGCUAUGAAAGAAGAAAGCCAAUCAAUGGAACUAGAUGAUUCAUUUGAUGAUUCAGAUUUCUCUUCAGACUCUGAUUUCGACUCACCUGAAAAGCCAACAUUUGUUUCACGGUUUAUAUGCAGAGGACGUAGAGGAAAUCAGAAACCGAUACGGCUUUCCAUUAGAAUAGAUAAGGAUGAUCCUCAGCCUUCCUCCGUAAACAACAAGAAACAAGGCUUCCGUGUGAGCAUCAAUCCGUGGAAGCUCAUAAUGCUGAGCGGAGAGAAAGCUUUACUAGCAGCUGAGAAGGCCAGAGAAAGGAUAACAAAACAAAUGCCACCAGUACAACAACAUUCAAUAAAGCCUCUACCUUUAGAGACAAAAUAUGGACCUAUGAUGAACCCAGACAAGAAUAAUGCCGUUAUGGGAUCAGGCUUAACACCUCUUAUUAUCAAAGGAAGGGGUCCGGGGUCCCCAGGAAGGUUUUCAAGUCCAAGACGGCGAUUUUCUGGUUCUUCUCCGGCUAUGUUUUCGAGCGACAUUGUUCCAUCGCCAAAACAGAAGUACAGAAGCAGUUUCGACUUGAAGUUGACUGAGGUUUCCAAGGAGCUUGAAACAUACAUUUCUAGACAGGUUUUAUGUUCCGUCAUAAAGAAGGAUGCAUGUGAGGCAUCUCCUAUUUAAUUAUUCGAUAUCUCAACCUUUGAGAAAAAAAAUUUCAUUGAUUAAUUUGAAUGUGUAUUCCAGCAAAGUGAAAUUCAAACCAAUACUUGUAUGUUAAUUUGUUCUACAGA